AUGACCUCUUUAUUGAUCAAGCUAUUGAAUCAUGUUGAGGAAGGAACUAACGUGACUAAAAAGAGCUUCAAGGGGGACGUGGCCCCGACCAGCCCACAACAUGGUCAUAUACAAUGCUACGAAAUCUCCCUGGAGUAACAUUGAAGCCAGUCCCCGGUAACCAUCAUAAAGCACGCUCCCUAACUGCAAGACUCAGUAACCCGGGCAUUAUCGAAAGUAUUGGAUCAACGUAAAAAGAGCAACGCUCUUAGUGUAACAGACUUACAGUUAGAUCAAAAUGACUAUGGUCUUCAAAAAAAUGUUUGGGUUUACUGAUUGGAAACACUCCAAGGUUGACAGGUGUUGGUUGAAGUUGUUAAUAACCAAUUGAAUUGAAAUACAUAUUUUGAAAUAAAUACCACCAGCAGAAAAAUUACGAUUGACAUUUUGGAAUUAUUGCUUGAUGAAAAUGUGUCACUUGUUCAUAGAUCCAUUUCAAAAUCAUUGUAGUUGAAGUGGAGGAGAAAGUUUCCCGACCACCGUUUAAAGAAGGUUUUUAAGCCUGAGACACAAGUGAAGACAUGGAUGUGUAUGUGUUGUAUUCGAGGGUGAAUGGGCAAGAAAAAGAUUUAAGUGGCCUACGCAAAGGGUAUGGUAGUGAGGUGCCAGGCGAACCAGUUUGAGUGUGUCAACGAACUGCAACGCUGCUGGGUUUUCUAUGACUCAACAGUUUUCCUGUGUGUAUCAAGAAUGUCCACCCAAAGGACCAUCCAACAUUUUGACAACUGUGGAAGGAAAGCAAAUUGGAAUCAACAUGGUCCAGCAUCCCUAUGGAACACUUUCAUGCCCCAACAAAUUGAGGUUGUCUGAGGGCAAAAAAGGGGGGGUGUGGCAACUCAAUAUCUGAAGGGUUCAUACUGUUUUGUUACACUCGUGUACAUUAACUUUAAGAAAAAGGGUUCUUAAUAAAGAUUGAAUGUGUUUAUUUGGCUUCUUUCGCAAGCCUGGCUAGAGAACAUGCGAUUUUGAGGAGUAAAAUCAACUUUACUACUACCACACAGAACAAAUGGUUGGGGACUGGUGAUGUGAGAAUGAGGGCUAGCCAUUCACUAUCACGUUUGACACUAAAUCUGGGCGUCAGUCCAAGCGGCGGUCAGCACCUUCAGGUUUCAUAGCAGAGACAGGUACAGUUACUGUGCGGGACACAAGUAAAGACCCAUUAGUCGGGGAAUACAUGCUUAAACAUCAGAUGUAAUCAGCAAGACUGUAGAUAUAUAUAUGAGUUUACAGUAGUAUGCGAGCCUUAUGGGUCUAAUGCAUACUGUCCGUUGAGAUGUUUCCUGAACAACAUCGUCCUGUGUAUCUUUCUACAGGGCGUUGCCUAGAGAGGAGUCAAGCCCCAGAGGGCUACUUCAGCCUGACUGAUACACAAAGACAGGUGGAGUUGAAUAGCUACUAGUCACUCGGGAAGUAAUAUCAGUGUCUGUGGUCCUAUCCUGAUUUGUCCCAAUUGGACUGUACUUCUUGAACUUUGGACCAGGGCCAAGAAAAGUCAAACUGGGGGCCCCCCCUGUUUGUAAUGCUGUUCAACCCAUGGUGGGCCAGUAAAUCAAAGUAUAUUCAAUCCCCUGGUGUGCCAGUAAAUGAUUAUUAUUUUGUCUAUCCCUGGUGGGCCAGUAAAUCACAUUCUUUGUUUAUCCCUGGUGGUGCCAGAAUACAAUAUUUGUCUUCCAUGGUGUGCCUAGUAAAUAUACAGUAUCCUUGGUUUCCGGUGGUUGUUAUGUGCCAGUUAAAUCAGCAUUAUUUCCACCCAUGGCUUGACUGCACUCAGUCGGGUUCCAUGCCCGGGGGAAAGUGUGCGCUUGAGUCCAUAAUGGUCAGAUCGUACUGUCAGGUUCAGACAGACGACCAGAGGACCCAAUUGCGUCACACCAGAAAGUUUAUUAAAACUUAAGGGAAAAGGGAAGUAGGGAGUGAAUGAAGGCUCCAGGGUGUUAACAGGGAUCCCGUCCAAUGGCUGGGUCUGUGCCCCACCCCCAGUGGCAGCGAUGGCGUCCUAUGAAGCCGGUGGUGGGUGGUCCAGAAGUCCUGGGGGGGGGGGAGACACAGACACAACAGGGCGGAAUGAAACAAGGCAGCAGUACAGUUCAAGGGAAAUCCAAAAUACGUAGUAGCAAGCAGGCAGAAGGCUGGUCAGAGUUACCGGGAUUGAAGAGUAGUCAGGAGUCGUUAUGGCAGAAGCAGGUCUGGAUCUCCUGGGGCAGAAGAGUAUCCAAAAAUCAGGCAGGUCCGGGGUCACAAAACCAGGGUGAGCCAGAAGCGCGAGCAAACAGGUUCCGGGUGUGAGCUUUGCAGACGAUCUGACACCGGAGAGCUGAAAGACCGGGCCCUUAAAUACUGGGAGAGGUAGUGGGUAAUGCAGCGCAGCUGGCAGAGUAAUUAGAGCAGAGCAGAGCAGGGACAGGUGGAGCUAGUUAGGCUGAGUAGAGAGAGUGGUGAGCAGAGUGGCAGAAAAUUAAGGUGGUAACCCGGUGGAGUGAGAGGCUCAUGACAGUAGUGAUCAUGAGAUAAAUAAGUUGUGAUCUCGACAUAACGAGGGAAUUAUUUUUGUAUUCAUAUGUCCUCUACUGAACUCAACUAAACUUUUCCCUCUGUUAUUCUUGUCUUUACUCCCCUGAUUGUGCUCAGUUUUACCUGCAGUUAUAGGCUACUGUAUUUACUCAUACCUAUUUAUUGUUGUGACGUCUCCUAUUUUGAUUAUGUUACAGGAGCAGAUUCCCCAUGCAAUACACAGUGUCUUGAUCCUAGUGGAGAAGGAGAGCUGCCAUCGCCCAGAGAAAUGUCCUAGACUACAGGUCAGAUCUGAAUCAAGGGUUUCCUCUAAUGAUUUCCAUCAGGCUUAUCAUUUCAUAAACACUUGCAUUCAUUCUGGGUGGCUUGCUCUCUGAUGUCACUGACUGUGCCAUUAUCUAUCUAUAAAUAGAUUGCUGUGGUGACCUCACUGAAGGGGUUGCACAAGCUGGUGGAGGGGAGCCAGCUGACCUCAGGCCUAGAGGGCACCCUUCCCUACAACCACAUUGACUGGCUGCAGCUCCAUCAGGUAGGACAGUUAGAGCAGAAAAGCGACUGCAGAUGAGGUUCUGUUUGUUCCUAGCAGAACUCGUCUAGGCGUAAGCGCACACGACUGUGAUCUCGAACUCCCUUGGAGACCUUCCCUUGAAAAAUGAUCAGUUGACCAAUCACGACAAAGGGGCUGAUAGGUUAUACAUUUGACUAAAGUAGACUUCGGCUACCAAACUUCAACUUGCCUUUAGAAAAUAAAUUCUGUGUGUGAACAAAAAAAAGAAAAAAAGAACAAAAAUGGCACAACAUUUUGACUGGAUAGUAUGCAACAGCCUUUUAACAGACACUACAGAACUCUUGUUUGUUGUUCUGCUUUGAUGUCUGAUGAUCAGAACAUUUAUCUUUCAGAAACUUCAUCCCUUUAUGUCAGAUCUCCAGGAGGCCUCAGGUUUGCUACUAACGGCCAUCAGGAAACUAGAGGGAGGCUGUAAGAUUGACACAGUGCAGGUAUUGGAUUUAACCUUGACGACACUGUAUUAUUGAAAACAUGUUGGAAUGGACUAGGGGUUCUUAUUAUCCUCAAUACUUUCUCUCCCUGUGUGGCAGGAUGCACAGAGGUGUAUUCUAGAACAGAGAACUCUGAUGAAGGAUGUUCUGGAGGACAGCCGAUUGGUCGCUUUGCAAAGGGAGGGUGGAGCCAUGCUGGCCAGGCUGAGAAAGGAGAGUGACCUCAGAUACUCUCACUGUGAGAAUUACAGGUAUACUACCGGUCACUGUUUAGUUUGAGUGGGAUAAUUGUGAGUCUUCUUCAAAAUAUGCUUAUCAAUGUAAUAUUCCCUUGACCUCUGACCGCUCUGUGCAGUGAUGCGGUGGAUUCUGUGACCUGCAUGUACAACCAUGUAGAGGAGCAGGCCCAUAUGCUUGUGCAAAGAUCCAACAUGUCCCUGGAGCACCUUGAAUACCUGCUCCAACUCAGAGAAAUGGAGGGCCACUUCACUAAGGUACAUUCUGAGGCUCCUCAUACAGUAUACAUAGUUUAUAUCUAUUAUGUAAAUACAUGGGAUAUUUAGUAACCACCCUCCCUUCUGUAGAUCAGGGAAUGGUUUGAUACAGAAGGGGAACGGCGGUUGUUGGAGGCAGAAUCGGUGGAGGACUCCAGAGAAAGUGUGGAGCAGACUCUCCAUAGUUUCAGUGCAUGCCUCACUGAAGCCAAUGUAAGUCAGUCUAUCUCCACUUACCCAAUGACGCAAAGUGGUGACACUGUUUCAUGCAGAAAUGGAAGUGCCCAUGAAAGUCCAUGUUUCAAUUUAAUCUGAUGUUUACUGUUACUGUCCAUUAGGAGCAGAAGCACAAGGCAAUGGCCCUGGUGACAGAGGCAGAGAAGAUCCAGGGCCCAUUCCCUGAGACUGAGGUGUUCAGGACCAUGGUCUGCACCUUCAAAUCUGGCCUGGCUGACUUCCUCUCCCGGGCAGAGAGGUGCUGUAAUGAGCUGGAGAUUAUGGUCACUGUGUGCAACUUCUGUGAACAGGUUGGUGUCUAUACUGAAUAAUGGAUCGGUUGUUGUUCCACGUUGUUUAGUUAACAUUUUACCUACAACAUGUUAUAAAAUUCAUACUGAUGGUGACAUGUUGUAGGGAUAUAGGGGAAAAUGAUGAAGCUUGAAUUACUGUCAACUCUGUGUCUCUUUCAAGGUUUUUGAAUAGGCUGAGGCUGCGGAUCCGACUUUUCUGGACCUUUCUUCCCGACAGCUACAGGUCCCAUAGCUUCUGCCCACGUGCGGGAUUCUCUACUUUCUCUGCUCUACUCCUAGAGAACCUCCCAUUUCUCACUGUUAAUCGUGAAUGAUAAUUCUAGUUUUACGGCCAUGCAGCAUCUACAUAUCAACCAUUUGAUCUCAAUCAGUUUCAUGGGGAUAUGCAUUUAGAUCUUCUUGAGUUAUAGGCUACAAUUUCGAAGUAGCCUACACUGUUGUUUUGAAUUAUGUUCAGUGAGCGAGGCAUAGCCUACCUGUAUUUAGUUUCAAUCAAAGCACAUAUUUUGCCUGGUGCCGCGCGUUGUUGAGUUUUGGCCACAUGAAAGAAAAAUAUGACCAUUUAAUCUCAAUCAUCCUAAAAUCUCAUAAGAAGUGUUUUUUGUCUUACAGUAGCAACGUUAUGCUAUUAUAUUUGGUUUUGUUAUGUAGAAUACUGUAAUGACCCGGGCUGGGUCAUGAAGGAAAAAGAGACGGACACCAGGUGUGAUGGGCAGAACACAGGUUUAUUCCUAAACUGGGCUAUUGUUCAGGCCACUGCCCACGCCGCUAAAUUCUGAAUGUACACAAAUACACAAUGUAAAGUUAAGUGGCAGACUCAUAGGAGCAGAUCAGGAUCCCGAAUAGAAAGAGAGAGAGAGAUGAGACAGUAGCCCCUAUUUAUGCAUAUAAAACCCAGCGGGAUUACCCGUCAUACCCCCCAACCUGGCAUAUUUAACCCCUGCUAGCACCCAUGAGAACAAUAACACACCCACGAACACAGAACACAAUACCGGGCCGUUACAAUACUAUCAUUAUGUGAUCUUGCAGACAUUGAUUCAGCUUUGAUCAAACUUUAUUAAAAGUAUACUUCGGGAUUUUGCCCCUUAUCUACUUCCGCAGAAUCAGAUGAACUCGUGGAUACCAUUUUUAUGUCUCUGCGUGCAGUUUGAAGGAAGUUCAAACUUCCUAACUAGUGUUAGCGCAAUGACUGGAAGUCUAUGGGUAUCUGCUAGCAUGCAGUCAUUGCGCUAAUGCUAGUUAGCAUUGGCUCACGAAACUACCUCCAACUUCCUUCAUACUGGACACAGAGACAAAUAAAUGGUAUCCACGAGUUCAUCUGACUCUGGGGAAGUAGAUAAAUGGGUUCAUUGCCAAACUCACAAAGGUUCCCUUUAAACAAGCACCAUUCACCAGAGUAGCCUGUGCAUUAAGUAGAGAAUCUCACACAUGCGCAGACGUUUCGGGACUUUUAGCUGUCGGGAAGAAAGGUCCGGAAAAGUCGGCUCUGCAGCCACUCUAUUUUGAAUAAGUAUUUUUCUUUUCUUCCAGGCUACUGAGCUGGCCAAAGACUGCAGACAAUACCUGGACCAGGUUGUCAAGCGCCCAGAGACGGAUGAUGUCUCUACACUCCAGAUGUACCAGGAGAGCUUUGUCCAUUUCUCCCCAGAGCUCUUCCAGGAGGUGAAGGCCCAGGCGUGUGCUUUGAGGGGCUCCAGGGGCAUGCGGGUGUGGAACGUAGCCUGGCUAAAGUGUCAGGAGGUCAGGCAGCAGCUGGAGGAGAGACUGCAGGAUGUGGAGAGGGCCUUGCGGAACACAGGCCCCUGGCAUGAACAACUUAGAGCUGGUGAGGAUGAGGCCUCGGUUCAGACAGUGACUCAUCAUGAUGGAGCUCUGUUACUGCCCAGACCUGGUCCACCACUCUGGUACAAUCCCCCAUCAGGCUCUAUGGUGGGUAGGUAUCAUGGGGCCUUGGAGAGCAGGAACAACUCUGUGACCUGCUGUAAUAUCAACUUCAAGCCUGAGAAUAACAGACCUUGUAAAUGGUCAAAGAUCACCACCAUGCCGGCCUCUCCCCAUAUCAGAUACAUUAGGAGAGCGGAGAGGGAGCCCAGCGGGAGAGAGGCCUGCCGAGGGAGGAGCAGAGAGGCCGCCACCCUUGCCGACUCGCACACUUUGGGCUGUGAGUGGUUCCCGUGGCAACGCGGGGGUCUGGGCCGGUCCAUGAGCGAGGAGUCGUGUGCGACCGCCGCGUCCAGUCAGUCUGAGACUCGCGUCCAUACACCUUCCUGCUCCCACAAGCAACCCUCCUGUCGGAUCCUGCAGGCCGCUCAGAAGUUCCAGAUCUCACGGCAUGGCAGCUUCUGCUCAGAGGAAUCCUGUAGUGUCCAAGAGGGGGCAGAGUGGGCCUCUUCAAGGAAUACUAGCCCAGCAGUGAGGAGGUGUGAGGGAACAACAUCGUUGGCAAGUCCAGAGGAGAAGGCUGGCCAUGUUUUGUGAGUUACUAAUGGAGCAAGACCUUCACCUUAGAUUGACUCAAUGUGUUUUCACUUUUGCUUCAUCUACUCUUUCUGUCUCUAAGCUUGCACUAUAUUGACAAAGGUACAUUUCAAUUAUUGAUUUUCAGUUAUUUCCAGAGGACUGAACAUGAGAGUUUGUGUUUGGCUGUGUUGUUGAUAUAACUUUAUAUGUCUGUAGGAAGCUGCAACGGAUCAUGGUGGAGCUACUGUUAACAGAGAGGGAGUAUGUGCGCUCCCUGGGUUACAUCCUAACUCACUACCUCCCCCUGCUGGAGAGGCCUGAUGUGCCCCAGGACUUGCGGGGCAAACGUGGAGUCAUCUUUGGGAACCUGGAGAAGCUGUAUGACUUCCACUGCCAUUUCUUCCUCAGAGAGCUGGAUGCCUGUCAGACAGAGCCCUUACAAGUGGCUCGCUGCUUCCUGAGACACGUGAGUUUCAGUUUGCCUGCUCAUGUCUCUUAAUUCACAUUUUCUACAUGUUAAGUUUGAGUCCUAUAACUAUGUUGAUUAGCUGAAUUUGCUACUGAAGUUGAAUACAUUUAAUAUUCCUGUUGUGACUGUAAACUCUUCCCCAUAUAUGCAGAGAGACAGUUUAGGCCUCUAUGCACUCUACAGCAAGAACAAGCCUCAAUCAGAUGCCUUAAUCCUUCACCAUCGCCAUGACAUCUUCAAGGUGAGGCACUCCCGUCAAUGCUCAAUGUCAAAGAUCAAUGCUCAAUUCCUAUCAAAGCUCUCUCCAUCCCUACUGCGACCAAUCCUCUGUCUCCUCUCCUCCCAUCCCAGAGGAAGCAGCAGGAGCUGGGGGACCACAUGGACCUGUCCUCCUACCUGCUGAGGCCCAUCCAGAGGAUCAGUAAGUACAGCCUGCUGCUGCAAGACAUGCUGGGGAUGUGUGGGCCUCAGAGAGACAGGGAAGAACUCCAGGCUGCAGCCGACGUGGUCCGCUUCCAGAUGCGUCAUGGCAAUGACCUCCUCACCAUGGACGCCAUCCAGGACUGUGACGUAAGUUUACCGUCCAAAUCAUCUCAAUCUCCAAAUAAUGUAUCACUUAUGAACAGCUGUCCAAAUGGGGCGUAGAUGUGGGAGUAUAAGUGGGAAAUGAUCACCCAUUAUUGUAUGUACAGUAUCAAGCAUUUUCAGGAAUACAUUAUUCUCCACUCCUCCCUCCGCCACCAGGUGAAUCUGAAGGAACAGGGCCAGCUGAUUCGCCAGGAUGAGUUCACCGUGUUCUUCAGAAAGAAGAAAUGCUUCCGUCGUAUUUUCCUCUUCCAGGAUCUCAUCCUCUUCAGCAAGACCAAGAAGACCAAUGUGGGCAAUGAUGUGUACAUCUACAAACAUUCUUUCAAGGUGUGUAUACAGUAUUAUUUAAAAAAAACAGACCCAAUUUACAGAAUGCAUUUUGAGUACUGUAAUUAUUGUUCAACAAAAAUAAUGCUAUCUUACCAGCCUUUAUGUUUGCUAAACAAAGACCAAAUCAUCCAGCCCUUAUGUUGAAAUUGGAAACAGCAAGCAUUCUUUAUUUAGUCUUUCUUUCUUUAGUCUUUCUUUCACUUCUGUUUCUGUCUAGACAUCUGAUAUCGGGAUGACCCAUAACUCUGGAGAGAGUGGUUUCUGUUUUGAGAUCUGGUUCCGGAGGAGGAAGUUCCAGGACACGUACACUCUGAAGGCUGACAGGGCGGAGGUGAAAAGGGCCUGGGCCAGAGACCUGGAGCAGAUCCUCUGGGAACAAGCUGCCAACAGCAGAGGUGAAUCCUAGUUUUGGGGGGGGAACUCAGUCCAGCUUUCAACUUAAUCUUGAAAGUUGUAAUAAUAGAAUGCACAAGGUGCAAUUUCGAACUUGAGUAGUGCAUCAUCACUUUUCCUCUUGUCAUGUCGGUCAUUGCAUACCUUAGAGAGCUAUUUAUAAAUGUCCAGAUCAACUAGCCCAUGUCAGCUAAUGUUCUUUAGCUAGGUUUCUUAGCCCAUACAUUUUCUUGUAAUGUUUGAGUCACUCAAAUAUCAUAUGAAUAAACAUUAGACAUGGCAAAAUGUAUAGAAUUGCAAGAAAAUGUGCUUUCAAACUACACAAUUUGCUCUGCACACCAUGACAAAAUGUGUAGAAUUGCAGGAAAUAAGCUUUAAACCUGCACAUUUUUCUCUCUGCCAACAAGAGGGGUGUGAACAGUUUGUGUCAUGAACAGUGCUUGUGUCCAUAGAAAUAGACAUGGUGCUCACAGGGGGGCGCCACGUUGGGGAUGUUCCCCAAUGCUGGAAGGGGAGCCUGAGCGAAAAAGUUUGGGAACCCCCGUGGAGGUGCAAUUGUGAACAAAUGCCAUAUCAGACGUUAAAUACAUCCAAUUUAUGUUUUGGUUCAGUAUGUUUGAGCAUGAAGACAGGUGUUGUGUUUCGUGUGUUGUAGAGCUGCGGAUACAGGAGAGAGUGUUCAUGGGCAUGGGGAGGAAACCUUUCAUGGACAUACAGCCUAGCGAGGCAGCCAUCUGUGACAGGGCUGUCAAUUGGGACAGGGCAGACGUCGGUGACAGGGCUGUCAAUUGGGACAGGGCAGACGUCGGUGACAGGGUCGUCAACUGUGUUCUGCUAGGAAGAGGUAACAAGUCCACAGCCAAGACCCAAGUCCCAUACCCAUGAACUGACAACACAAAUGUGUAAUGUACUCACUGACUGAAUUGUCUCUUUGCUUUGUCAGCUCCUGUGCCGUCUUUUCCACAAACAGAUCUUGAAUAUCUCCGGCCCAACUCCAUUGGUUCAGGCAGUAGUGCCUCCUGCAGCCACUCAUCUUUUUCCUCUGGACAAGGUUCUUUACCUCCUGUUGGUUACCCUGGUAACCAGACACAAGGUGGGGAAACCGAUCACAUUGUCUAUUCCUCCCCGGAGACUGUGACGGUGACUGAAGAUGACCUCAAUAACCAUCAUAAUCACCAGAAACAAAACCUUAAUCUUCUCAGUGAGUUUUCUUGUUCUUGCAUUAGGGCCCUGUGUUUUGGCUAAUCAUGUCCAUUACCUGGAUUUUAACCUUUGUUUUAAGUAUUUUCCAGAAAUGAGAAUUAGACCAACAAAUUAAAGCAAUUGUCUGAGGAUGGUGCUGGACCACCUGACAUAAAAAGAAAAGGGGACAGUAUGAUGAAAAAGCUUUAAAUAAAGGUUAAAAUCCAGGUCAUGUGACAUGAUUAACCAAAACACAGGGCCCUAUGCAUGGUGCAAGACUACAGACUAACACAAUCAGACAUACAGAACAUGACUCUUGAUAUGUGCAAGCAUGUGACUAAACGUGGGUGAUGCCAUAUCUACUUACCUUUCUGUUGAUUCCAGUGGACAGCACGGAGUCGUCAGGUGAGAGUGGCAGUGUGUUCAGCAGCUUGGAGCGCAGCUGCCUCUCUGCCAUUGGUGGAGAGGUGGAGGACUUGUCAUCUGUCACGUCCCAGAGUUCCCAGUCCUGUGUCACCCAGAGAACAGCAGCACCCAAUCUCAGGAAGAACAGCUCACCUGCCACCAUCAGGAAGAAGCCCUCCAUUGCUCCCAAACCACCAGCGCUGGCUGCUCUUCAGAGCCUCCAAAAGGUGUGGUGA